AGCCAGUCAGAGCAACGCGCCCCGCGCGCGCCCGCGUCCAUAGAGAAUAACUCGUUUCAUAAAAACAACAUAAUUCCAACCUCAAACUCCAAAUAUAAACACGAGCUUGUGAAACGUCGGAAUAUACUGUGAACUAAUAUUAAUAAGUGCAAAACGGACGUGUAAUAUUGUUGCGUGAAUGCCACGGUCUACGGCCUACGCGGCCGGCGGCGUUCCCCUCCUACGUUCAUUCAAGGACCAGCCGAUGAACCUAUGUCGCCACAGCUACAGAUUGCGCGUGCUCCGUUCGAUUUGGAAAUGUUUAUGAAAAAUCGCGCCGAGUAGAUCGACCGAUGACUGUUUCGGAAUCGAGCGAUACGAUGUCAAACGCGGCUCAGUUCAACAAACACAAGCAACAACAACUGGGUAAACAGGGCUCGGAACCGGUCAGCUUUCCACCUCGCUAUCAUCCGCCGCCACCUGCCGCGGCCGGCUCUAACGUCGUCACUAUAGACGCGACGUCUAAGGAGUUCAAUCCUCCGUACGCGAGUAAGCACGUCGACCCCGGCAAAUUGCAGUAUCCGACUCAGAAUCCCGGGCCCCUUCCGUAUCAGAGCGGACCGUAUCCUCCCGUCAAGUAUCCUCAGGGCUACCCGACUGGAUAUCCCGUCCCUCCCGGAGCGGGAAGAGUUCUGAGACCGUCGGGCGAGAUUAUCACUAAGGCGAUCGUGCACGAGCCGGGCGAGGCGACGCGCUCGCGCAGCGCCGACGACACUCAGCGGGUUCAACGUAACUUCGAGGAGGAACAGAUUCACCGCCGCUCCGCUGACAUGCUCAAAUUCACGAAGCGAAUCGAGCCGGACAACAGACAACCGACGGAUCAGAGGCGACAGAUUCAAACGCUUUUGGAUGAAAUUAAGCAGCUGAAGGAGGCUAACCGUCGCCUGAGCGAGGACAACCAGGAGUUGAGGGAUCUAUGCUGUUUUCUGGACGACGACCGCCAGAAGGGACGAAAAUUGGCUCGAGAAUGGCAGCGAUUCGGAAGGUACACGGCUUCGGUGAUGCGGCAGGAGGUGUCGGCUUAUCAGAGCAAACUGAGGGAGCUGGACGAUAAGCAGCAGGAGUUGAUACGUGACAAUUUGGAACUUAAGGAGCUAUGUUUAUAUUUGGACGAGGAACGGGAGCGCAGUGCGUGCGUUAACUGUGGGAGGACAGCUGGAAGGGAGAGGGACGACGGCGACGGCAGCAGCAGCGGGACAAACGCCGACGAGCCCCCCCGUCCCGCGCCCCCGGCCGUCUCCAUUACCCAUCCUCAACUAGCCGAGAGAACGGUCCAGUACGUCAGAGAUCUGGAGCAGAAAGUGCGAAGGUUGGAGGCCGAGAAAGGGAUCGGAAGUGGAUUGGGCGAGAGGCCCGAAGCGGUCGUCCGUGCCCUCCAAGUGUUGGAAGUGCGGGAACGCGUAGAAAGGGAGCGUCGAAGGCCGGCGCCGGACCUUGACACUGGAGAACAGGCUUUGGUCAGGGAGAUGUGCAACGUCGUGUGGGGGAAACUGGAGGAUGCCCCGCCUCAAGCUCCCCCGCGCUGAGAAUUCUGUGUCAGAUAACACGAGCAGAAGUGAAACUGUGUGAAUGCAGUGGAAUUCUCGAUCGAGGUCAGAGUGAACGAUGUCGGACCUACAGUGCCUUUAGUAAUGACCUUGUUUAAACGUGUCUAUCGAUUGACGUGCCGUCUAUGUACUAUCUUGCCGUAGUUGUAUGCCGUGUUAAUGCCCGAAAAGUACAAACGUAGCAUUUAUGAUUUAGAUUAGUCUAGAUAAGUACCACUUAAGUAGCAUUUACUUCUAUAAUAGUUAAGUGU